AUGAAGCUGCUGUUGGUUCUCUUGUUAUGUUUAACAUGUUUACACGCUGAAGAUGCAAAACAAAAAAAAUCAACAACUACCGACCAUAUUACCAGUGGUCUUAAUGCUGGCAAGGGCAUUGCUGAAGCCGUUGCACUUUCUACUGCACUUCCCGCUGCGCUAACAACAGUUGCAGCAAGUGUUGUACCCUUUCUAGGAGUAAUUGCUCCGUUUUUAUCAUUUAUUUUUGGAUUUAUUCACAAAGGACCGUCACCAGAAUUACUUGCUAUUCGAAAACUUCAUAAAGAUAUUGAUACUCGUUUCGAUCAAGUAGACGCCAAAUUUGCUGAUGUGAAAAGACUGAUAAAUUGGAAUACCGUAAAGGUCCAGUUUUCCGAUAUUGAGCAAAAAAUUAACGCCGUUUAUCGCAUAUAUAAAGAAAUGUACCAAGCACCAAGUAAUGCUCUAAACGGAGAGAAACAAUUAUUCAUCAGCAACUAUGAAAGUGAUUUUCAGAAUAGUGGCAUUAAACUUUAUGACGGAGUUAUGAACGCAGGAAAUGUCUUCGGUGAAGGGUUGUUAAUUCCCUGUAUGAAAUAUACCCAGUAUGAUCGGAGAAGAUGUGGAACAUUCAGUUCAGGGAUACUUAAAUUGUUACUGAGGGCAGCCGAACUUGAAAUUGCAUAUUUGCAACUAAAAGGUCUAAGUGCAAACGUAGACUAUCACACAAAACAAUGGAAAUCUCGUUUUGACCAUGUUCGAUCUGCAAUGAGUCAUGCUGAUUUUACAAUAGCUGCAAAAUAUCACGACCAGUCAACCAUUGAUAUUGACAGAUAUGCACUAGAUCAUCCAGGGGAUAAGAUGAACAAUCAUGACUGGGCUAAUAACAUGUAUAACAUCCUUACCCAAAAAUAUUAUUGGAGGGACUGGAUGGUCAUCUCCUACAAAGACGUUACUGGAGGUGAUGUCCAUUGGAACAAAGCAUGUGGCGGUUAUCUUAAAUUUAGGAACCGUGGCCGAAACAUCGCAGUAGCGAGCGUUGAUAAGAGGACACGUCAUUUAGACAUGACUAAAGCUAAAGCUGUUGUUAAUGCGGUCCAUGAUCACACCUCACACAAAGGCCACUGCCGACCACACUGCGGAACGAUUUACACCAGAGUAGAUUCUCAUUCAGCCUAUGAAACAUUCCCUGCCGAGGCGAAAGAUCAUUGCUCGCCCUAUGUUGCAAUUGGUGUAAUCGACAAUGGCGCGGCACCAACGUAUAAGGCAUCACCAAGCCGACUAGUUCUGAGGAAUGAAAAAUAUAACCACAUCCACGUUUUUGGAUAG